AUCAAGACCACUUUUCUCGAUUACCAAGCUACAGUAGAAACGACAGCAACGACAACGAAGAUGAGGAAGUCCGCAACUCAAGUGUCAUCAAGAGUGCGUCGUCGGGGCCAGGCGAAGCCGUGAAGUGCUCGGUCGACUCGAUCCAAUCAUGGUAACACCAGCGCCGAGCCGAGAACUUCGACGAAGACCCAGACGGCCGCAGCUUGAUGACCUGAACUCCCCUUCGGAAAUUCGCAUAUGGCUGCCAGACAUCGAGAAAGAAAUUGCAUUCUGCGUUCGAAAAGCCAAGGACCCGUGCCAGCCAGAUGGUCGGGCGGCCAAGUACGAGCGGAAAGCACAGAAACUGAGGGACUACUACCGACUGUGCUGCUCUAGGCUGCGGGAGAUUGAUGUCCCCUACUGUGAGGACAUACAGUCGUCCCCGUCUGCUACAGAGUCCAUCUCCGUAACCUAUCAAGUGGAUUACGGCUCCAAGUCCUCGGACUCUACUUCAGAAACUUCUAGGCUUCGACGGGUGCUGGCGCCACUCGCCGACCUCCGGCCAGACGACCGACUGGACACGAACUCGAGCUACUCCUCCGGUUCAUCGUUUGAGGACGUUCCGGGUGAAUACAUUCGCAGGGAGAUUGACAUUGACGUAGACACCGAGAGUGGCAGCCGACCCAGCAGAUAUUCUUCACUAAGCGACAACUAAGGACUUACUGCACAUUGGUAGACUACGUGUUAGCUUCCGUAAGCCCAGUCUUUUUCUAGAUUUACGAUGGAUGCGUUUUUGAUCACCUCCUGUGGGUUCAUAGCGUUCCUUAGUUGAAGCGCUUGUGGCAAAAAUGAAGGUCAAUGUUCCACUCGAUUAAAAAAAAAAAAUCACUGUGAGGCAGUCUA